AUGGCGGCGUCGCUUGCUGUGAAGUUUGCCAACCAUGGUGAACCAACACUUAUUGCAUCGACGGAACCAUCUCGGUCACUGGGUGAUUUAUUUGAACAAGACAUGAGUGAUGGCAAAACUGUACGCGUCGAUGGAUUUGACUCUCUUUUUGCAGUUGAGAUUGGCCAUGUGAGGUUAAAGGGAAAACCUGAAGAUGUUGGAUCUUUUAUCAACAAUGUACUUGGAAAGAUGGGGCUUGGAACACAUUCUGAUAUUAUGUCUAUGCUUAAUGAGAUGCUGGGUGGAAUGCCCCCUGGACUUGAAGAAGCGUUUUUACUAUCUGAGCUGAUAAAAUCCAUUGAAGUGCAAGGGCCCGAUAAACUUAGGCGUAUAGUGCUGGAUGCUCCAUCCACUGGACAUACACUUAAGCUUCUGUCAGCUUCUGAUUGGAUUGAAAAGUUCCUUGUUUUGAGCAUUAAGGGCAUUAAUGUCGCUUUGUCCAUGCCAUCCUCUAAUAUGUCUCUUAAGAACGUGCAAGUCAUCUCUGCCAGGCUAGAGGAACUAAGGAAGCAGAUUGCCAGAGUGCGUGAGAUUUUGUUUGAUCCACAAUCAACAGAAUUCAUCAUUGUGACAAUUCCAACGAUGAUGGCAGUUAGUGAGUCAUCAAGAUUUCACGCGUCAUUAAUGAAGGAUGGUGUGGACGCAAGAAGGCUCAUCGUAAAUCAGGUGUUGCCACCAUCUGCAUCCGAUUGCAGAUUCUGUGCUGCAAAACGGAGGGAAGAAGCACGUGCCUUCCGUGCUAUACUAGAGGACCGUCAACUUGGCGGCCUGAAGCUGAUCCAGGCUCAUCUCCUCGAUAUGGAGGUGAAAGGCGUCCCUGCACUCCGAUUCCUCAGCGAUUCAGUGUGGAAGUAG